ACAUUCUGUCCAGACAAGUUCCGGAUAAUAGUCUAGUGCAGACCUAAUCGAUAGAUCUCCACACGAAAAUGAAUCUUAUUAAAAUCGAAACGUGACGGACAGAUAAAAUAUUAUGUUUUCGAUCGAGUUCUUGGAACAAUGACACUGUAAAGAUGUAUCGAAGUGUUUUUUGUAGUAUACUUCGAUCUGCGAAGCUUCGUAUACAUAAAAACUUUUUUUUAUCCUAUUUAGAUAGUUGUGAGCUGCGGUGAGGUCAGUAUAUUGGAACAUCUUUACAAGUAAUGACCAGUGAUGAUAUCGCGCCACGGAAAUACCAAGAUUGUGUUGUGAAUUAAGUGUUUAUCGUAAACAAGUUUCUCAAAGAAUAACAAAAAUGGACUCUGUUAAAGUCGUUUUAAGUCUUGUGAUAUUCAUUUUGUGCAGUUCAACAUGUUUUGGAGUAUUCAUAUCAAACCUGAACGAGACGUGUUUCCGGUGCCUGUGCCACGUGACGGGCUGCGACCUGGCGGCGACCUGCGGCGGCGGCUACUGCGGGCCCUUCUACAUCUCGCGGCUGUACUGGAUCGACGCCGGGAAGGUCACUCUGGAGAAUGAUGACCCGGAGAGGGAUGAAGCAUACUCAGACUGCGCGAGGAACUAUUACUGCUCCAUCAAGAUAGUGGAGGCCUACAUGGCGAAAUAUGGAAAUGACUGCAACGGCGACGGCGUGACGGACUGCUACGACUACAUGAUGAUCAACCACAACGGCGGGCACGGCUGCACCACGCCGCUCAGCCGCUCCGCCAGCGGGCGACGCCAGCUGCAGCUGUUCAAGCAGUGCAAGUUUUAGGAGGCCAAGAUCAGUUUCAAACUUUAGGUGGUUCACACACUGCCUUGCAUCACGCUCCGUUUUUCAAGAAUUGUAUGAAUGAACCAGAGAGCCUUUGAAGCUUUACACCUUAGUCGCUUCACGCUCUGCCCCGCAUCACCCACCGUUUUUCGUGAUGCGU